AUGGCGAUAUACUUGGCACUCCUCCUCCCGUCGUUAGCGUCCGCCGCCCCAGUCGAUAUUCUUGGGAUCAAAGUGCACACUAGAGACACUAGUGACGAUGGCUACAAGAUCAACCCGGGGAUGGUCGCUGGCGUAGCGUUCGGUAUCCUCUUCGGCGUGAGCAUCCUCUUCACGGUAAUCCGGGCCAUCAUCGAAAGGAGGAGAUUCGCCUCGCCAGUCACAGCUACUCCUCCACCGGUAGCCUCGACAGCACCAAACGCACCUCGGGUCGUGCUGGUAUCGGAGGAGAGCCCGAUCCAAGAGCCACUGCCAGCGUACAAGCUUGAAGAGCCCGUCAAAAUGACCGAGGAGGAGAUCGAGUAUCAUUCGAUUAUCGCGACGAGGACCCAAAGACCCCCGAGCUAUUCGUCCACGGCGGAAACACUCAACGAAUCGUUAUAUACCUUGUCGAGUGUCGAGACAUCAGACACCCGAUGA